GUUCGUUUCGACAGGUUGCGAGCGGGUUUCUCGCGCGUUUUGCGUCUUUUUUUUUAUCGUGUGUGUUUGUUGUUGUGGGUGUUUGGCGUGCUGCUACCGAUGUUGUUGCUGGUGUUCUAGUGCGGCGCGCGUCUUUAUUGACAAAAAGAAAAGGAAUAUGUGAAUGCCUAUGGCCAAAAAAUUAGUAAAGUAACGAAAAUCAAUCGAUUGUGAGAAACGCAAAUAAAAUAUAAUCCAAACACAGUUGCACCUGAAACAAGAAGGAAAUCCAUUCAAUCCCAUCGACUGAGGGAGGAAAAGAAAUAAAUAAAUAAAAAAAAGAAAAGCCGCAGUGAGGAAAUCAAAGUAGGAACCAAACCAACAACAACUCAUUGGGAGCAGUCGUCGCAAGAUCACAGAACGGGACGCAUCAUGACUUUCUACUGGUGGUCACACUGGUUCUGGAUAACCCUAGUCCUGAGUGUUGGCUUGAUGUGCCGCCAUGUCCAUACAUAUCCCAGCCAGGAUGGUGAAUCCCUGGCCUCCAGUUCCCAGCCCGUGCGCACCACUAAGCUCUAUCAGACAACGGUGAGCCAGACCUGGGCCACAGCCACCCAGAGCAACAUCAUGGACCUGACCCACCGACCCACCACCACCAAUCGACCGGUUACCCCGAGUGUUACCCGGGCACAGGAGCUGUCCGAGAUCGGUGAUGUGACAUUGUCGCAGUAUGACGAUGAGGUGGAGGAGGAGGUGGAGCAGAAUCGGAUGUUGUUAAAUGAUCAGGAGCAGGGUCCGGAACAGAAUCAGAAACCGGAAACGGAGGCCGAUCCAGAUCCGGAUGCGGAUGCGGAUGAGGAUGCCGAGGAAGCUGCAGUAAACGAGAAACUGGCUCAGUUCGAGUUCAAGCGGUCGGCGGACUUCACCUCCGACCAGCUAAACAACUUUACGAAUUUUAGCAGUAGCACUAGUACAAAUGGCAGCAGCAGCAAUACCACAAAACCAAUCCCAAUUAGCAGCAUCAAUCCUCCAGUACCAAGAACAACCACAGCAAGGACAGCAGCAGCAGCAGGAGCAGGAGCACCAGCGUUAGCCACAUCCUCGACUACAGCAUCAUCGCGAACAUCGCCUGCUGCGGCUACUGCUGCUACGCCAUCCACGUCGACACCAUUGGGAUCGGCGGCAGCCACACCGUCCACGCCGAAAAUCAACACGGAGUGGCUCUCCGACGAACUGCUGGCGGGCGCCGGUGCUGGUGUGGCGGAUGGCGAGAAGGCACCCUUCACGCUGGAAAAUGCCAACAAAGAGGACGAGCUACGGCGGGCUGAGAGCGAGCAUAGGUCGCGCAAGUCCAAGGUCCUAUCGGCGGAGUACAAGCACAUAAAUCGCUAUAUUAACUUCUCCAGCGACACCAAGAGCCUGCUAACCAGAUCAGCCUCUGCGGCGCCCAGCGUUUCGGGGGAUGGAGCUGGACUCUAUGAUGCCACCGCUGCCGCUGGCGACGAGGGCAAUAUCUCAUCCGAGGCGCUGGCCAUACAGCGAACGUAUUUCCUGGACGCGGGCGCAAUUUCGGCCAUCUGCUUCACUGUCUUUGGCGUCUGCUGUACAGUGGGCACCAUCGGCAUCGUUUUGUACCGGCGGAGAUAUGUGAACAAACCGCAGGCUCUUAGCGAACCGGACUCGAGUGUCUACAUCGACGACAGCACCAUGCGGGUGAGUGACAACUCGGAUGAGAUGUACAGCCUGGACAACGACUCGUUCUUGAACUCGCUGGAGGCGAUGACAAUACAGAACUAUUGGACGGAUACUGUCAAACAUACAAAGCUUUAAUUUCCGGCCUCUCCCGUUGGAAGUCCCCAUUACUUCUUAUUAUUUAUUGAUUUAACCUUUUUUUCUUUGCCUUAGUUAUAUUUUGUAUUUUGUUUCCAUAUUUUAUACCCGACAUCAUUAUUGAAAUUUAUUAUUAAGUAGCAUUGUAGCGUUUAAGCGUGUGUGUAUGUAUGUGUAUUUACUAAUGAUAGGCAACCAAGAAAAAAAAAAAGAAGGGAAAAACAAAAAAAGAGCAACUAAGUAGUUAAGUCCAAACUACCAAAAUUACGUUUAGUGAAUGUUUAGAUCCUAAGUGCAGAAUGUUUAUCUCCCCCACACAAACACACACAUCCUUCCCCAAGCUCUCUUAGUAACCAGUACUACUCACUCGUAUCUGUUAGUUAAUUAUUAUAAAGCCUUAUUUAUAUAUUGUUGACUAUUUUAUCUCACCCACUCUCUUCCCCCGGACUCCACCUCCAAUUUGAAAGCCCCUAUUUAUUAAGUUUGUGAACAUUGUGUCCAACAAUUAACUGCAAUCAUUCCUUCCAGCUUUAGCCUAUAGAGCAACUUUACAAUGUAACAACUAAUGUAUUAAAGGAGACACGAAACAAAAGAGAAAAACCACAAAAAACAAAACAAACAGUAAUUAAAUGAGAACACCACACCUACAAUUGUUUCAAUAUUAAAAUAUAUAUACAUACCAUAUAUCACAAAAAUAUAAGCUAACGAAAAGAACAAGAACAAGAAGAACUCUUUACUGCCACACACAAUUCUUGUCAAUUUUGCUCAUCGAACUUUUAUACACCACUUGUACUUACAUCAACAUGUAUAUUUUCCGUUCGAAUGUUGCAAAUAUAUUGAAGAAGCCAGACGGUAAAUUAACCAUUAAA